GUUUCUUGAGCGUUUUCGGGGCAUUUGUGGGAUAAUUGCUCGUGCAUGAUAUUAGGAGGCGAAGGCGAGAGCCGGGGCUGGGGCUAAUCUGUCAGUCGCGUGUUUCUUUCCUUCCCUGGCCCGGUUCGGGUGGUUAUUGAUCUCGUCGCAAUCAAUCGAAAUCAUUUGCUGGUGCGGCGAGGGAGAGGACGAGGAGGAGGAGGAGGAGGAGGGAGGGAGAGGGAGAGAAGCGAGUAGUCGAUCUGGCUGCCACCACAAACACGAGCACAGUAGCAGUGAUUUUGUUUGAGGGGGAGGGGGGGCAUCGAUCGGGCGGGGUCGUCGGGGUGUGGGUAGGGGUGGGAGUGGGGUUUGGACUGGGGGAAUAGUGGGAAGUGGGGAGUGUGAUCCGUGGUAUAAGUUAUUCGGACGAGGGAGGAAUAGCGGUUGCUGGACGCCAAAUUGUAUAUCGAGUCCGGGUUCAGCCUCCCUCGUGUCGAUGCUGAAGGUGGAGAUUGAGAAGCGCGGAUGAUGCACGGCACCGCAAGUUGCUGUUUCUUGGAGGUGUGAGGAUCGUGUCAAAAUUCCUCUGUGAAAAGCAGGCUCGGGCUUGCGAGACCGGGGACGCGGAAUGAGCUCGCUCGCGACCUGAUUCAUUGAUUAGGAGAAAAUUCUCGCCCAUCGAGGCAGAAAUGGAAGACAGCUUCUGAAACAAAGAAAAAGCCGAGAGCUUCUGGUGGAUCUGGAGCGGAGCGGAGCCGGGACGCGUACCAGACGAAGAGUCCGUCCGGAUUGACGCGCAUCUCCUGAGGUAACAAACGAACGAAAAAUGUCUGCCCUCAUUACCCAUAGAAGUAUCGAGGCGAUUUGCCAACUUCCACAGGUUCCGGAGCUUCGGCUCCCGACAAGAUCAUCCCGGGGCUUCGGUUUGAGGGUCCCGUUGGGGGAUUCGUUAGCCAGGAGGGCGUGCGUGUCGUGGGGAUCCCACGCUAGAACGGAUCGAGGCCGCCGGAGUGUGAGUUACUCGUUGAGUCGUAGACAGGAGCCGGGCGUCCUCGUGCUAGCUGGGCAGCAACAAGAAGCUCAACGAGUUUUAGAUGAGUUCCGUGAGGCAUGCGCGACGCCGCUGGAAAAAUUGGAAAAAGUGGUAGAUUCCAUGGUUCUGGAGAUGGAGGCCGGACUGGCAGCGGAAGACGGCUGCCUGCUCAAGAUGCUCCCAUCGUUCGUCGAAAAUCUGCCCAAGGGCACCGAGAGGGGCAUUUACUACGCUCUGGAUCUGGGCGGCACCAACUUCCGAGUCCUCCGCGCAGUGUUCGGAGGCCCCGGCGAGGGCUGUAUGCAGGAAUCCGAGAUUUUCACCAUCCCGCACGAUCUCAUGGUGGGCGAGAGCGAUGAUCUGUUCGACUUCAUCGCUAGCAAGCUGCGCGAUUUCGUUUUGCGGGAAACCGAGAACAAGAGCCCUCCCCCAGGCCGCAAGCGGGAGCUCGGGUUCACCUUCUCCUUCCCCGUCAUGCAGACGUCUGUUGCCUCGGGCACCCUGAUCCACUGGUCCAAGGGCUUCAAAGUGGCCGGCACCGUGGGGCGGGACGUGGUCGAGGUGCUGCGCGAGGCCAUCAGUCGCCAGAACCUCGACAUGGAGGUGGCCGCGCUGGUGAACGACACGGUCGGCACGCUGGCGGGCGGUCGGUACAUCAACGGGGACGUGAUGAUCGCGGUGAUUCUGGGCACGGGCACGAAUGCAUGCUACGUCGAGAGGGCGGAGGCCGUGCCCAAGUGGAAAGGCCCCCCUCCCAAGUCCGGCAUCCACGUGAUCAAUACAGAGUGGGGCAAUUUCGGGUCGCCCACUCUGCCCACCACGUUCGCCGACGACGAUCUCGAUCGGGAGUCGGUGAAUCCGAGCGAGCACAUUUUUGAGAAGAUGAUGUCAGGUAUGUAUCUGGGAGACUUGGUCAGGAGGGUGAUGCUCAGAUUGGCCAAGGACGCCGGGUACUUCGGCGACUCGAUCCCAGAAAAACUAACGAAGAAGUUGGCGUUGACGACGCCCGACAUUUCGAAGAUGCAUGCCGAUGACUCUCCGACUCUGGAGGUCGUCGGAGAAAUUUUGAAGAAAAAGUUGGACCUUGAUCCCACCAGGCUAGAAGAAAGGAGGGUUGUAUAUUCUAUUAUCGAUAUUAUAGCUCGAAGAGGAGCUCGGCUUGCCGCUGCUGCCAUCGUCGCCGUGCUGCGGAAGAUUGGGAGGGAUGGGAAGAGCGGGAACGGCACUUCCAAGACCGUCAUUGCCAUGGACGGAGGCCUUUACGAACACUACACGAAAUUCAGGGACUACUUGAACGAAGCAUUUGUGGACCUUCUGGGAGAGGAAGCCGCCAAGAACGUAGUCAUCGAGCUCUCGAAGGACGGUUCUGGUAUUGGGGCAGCUCUUCUGGCUGCUUGCCACUCGAAAUAUGGUAGUCAGUAGCCCUCUGCUCGUCAGUGAUCGAUUCGCGAGAUAUCCAGAUUCCUGGCGUCGAUCUCCUGUGUACUACAUUCGUUUCUCUUCAAUAAUCCGGAAGUGGCAGAAGUUCUUCUCGUGAUAGUUGUUUGGAUCUCGUGCCACAAGGCACUGGAUCGUGUAUGGAGAUAUAGAUCCCACCAGCGCAACUUUGUAAACAGUAACGUAGAUGAUGAGUUGAGAACCACCCAGUUUCACUGCCUAUGUUCUUGCUAAGGUAGCCGCUUUUUUUCCCGAAGUCCGCUCGCUCUUUCGAUCAUCUUUCCUUUUGCUAGACAUGUGGAAGAGUUUACUGUACAUGCCAGACCUCUUAGUUUUCAAGAGCGUACACGCAUUAUGAGACGGGGGUCGCUUCAUCGAUGAAUUUGUUUUGAGUCGCGGUAUUCCUUCAAGGACGAGAAAGGAUUAAUGAGCAGCUAGGUGAUGCCAAUUCCAUCACACGAGCAAUUUUUGGAACGAUGUACAUUCGCUGUCAAUGAUCCGGCUUACUUUCCAUUGUUCGGCCCUUGGCUUUUUACUUCCGGAUGUCUCAGUUAAAUAAAAUUCUAUUGCCAUCUUGUAGC